CUGAUACCGAGUACGUUACCUUCUUGUCCUGCGCCAUCCACAACAUACUCACAUACUCAAGUAAUGUUACUCGAGUAUUACUAUUUGAGUUGUAUUAUACUUGAUUAGUUGGGAGAAGUAUCGAGACAAGUUCUGAAAAAUGCACCGACUUCCCAGAUAAACAGAUGUCACCAUUGGAAGUCACCAAGAAACUGCAGUAAUGAUAUUCACUUUAUUGCGGCGUUCUCCCUCUUGAGUCAUGUAGUAUCUCCAGUGAAACACUCCCUGAAGUUGAUUUUCAUUGAAUCAUCUGGAGUCCAAGACUUUGUGGGUGUCCUGUGGGCUGAUGAAACUGAGCUGGUGCACUGCAACACCAACCUUAACAAAGCAGAACCAAAACCAAACUGGCUUAAAGAAUUCAUGAAAAGCAAUCAAGAACACAACGACUUGUACACUCAAGAGUGUCUUCAUAGUCAACAUUUUUUUAAAGACACAUUAAAUGUAUUGAGAAGGAGUUGCAGCCAAACUGAAGGUGUUCACACCCUUCAGAGAAUGUAUGGAUGUGAAUGGGACAAUGAGACUGAAGAGGUCAAAAGUUUUGAUCGAUAUGGUUAUGAUGGAGAAGACCUUAUGGAAUUUAACCAGGAGACACAGACAUGGCUCAUUUCAACUCCUUGUGCUAGCAUUGUCAAACACAAGUUAGACAAUCAGCAAAUUAGAAUAGCAGAUAUUAACCAUUACCUCACAAACGUGUGUUCUAAAUGGCUGAAACAGUAUCUGGACUAUGGAAAAUAUUUUCUACAACGAACAGACUGGCCCUCAGUGUCUCUCCUCCAGAAGACUCCCUCCUCUUCAGUCAGCUGCCACGCUACAGGUUUCUAUCCUGACCGAGCCGUCAUGUUCUGGAGGAAAGAUGGAAAAAAACUUUAUCAAUUCACGGACCGUGAACAGAUAUACCCUAAUCAGGACAGGACGUUCCAAAUUAAUGUAGUCCUAAAACUUUCAUCAGUCACAUCUGAGGACUGGUCAAGGUAUGACUGUGUGUUUCAGCUUUCUGCUGUCAAAGAAGACAUCAUCAUCAAACUGGACCAAAAAGUGAUCAAGAGCAACAGAGAUUAUUUAAUCUGUACAAGUCCCGAAGAGAACAAUGAUUAUUACCUUGAAGUUUUCGUGGGGUUUUUUUUUGUUCUGCUCAUCAUAGUCCUUGUUUUCAUCGUGUACAAGAUUACAGUUGACGAAAGCAAUCAAAAGAAGGACUUGGAGACUUUGAAGUACUCCCCCAUCGCUGCACUGGUUCUUGCUCUCAUCCUUUGUUGUUUAACUGGAGUUCACUUUUAUAAAACGAAUACUGAUUUCUCCAUAAUUCUUCGAUCUGAUUAUGCGUUGAAAUGGAGAGAGCCAUUACCUGGAAUACAAUGGGGACCCUGAAACAGGACGUAAUUAUAAGACCUUGACUUUACAUUAUUGAAGCAUUAAUGCAUUUGUUUUUUUAUUUACUAUUGAUUGAUGUGCACCCUAUUUUUUCGCUGACUUGUUGAAUGGACAUUUUAUGGCUCACUACUUGAAUGCAAACACAAGGCUGUGUUUGUAUAUUAUUUCAGUGCAAACUGUGUUUUGAAUUUAUCUUUGUACUGUGGAUUCAUAACUGUGUAGACUCACAAAUUAUCACGGUUAGCACUGGCCAACCGUGGGGAUGUGAGGAAGAAGGACCCAACAGUGCAUUUAUUUACACUGGUGUAAAUAAUCCACAGAAUAAUAAGUCCCCGUGUGUUCCCUUGACUCCCUUGUCGUGUCUUCCACCCACAAGUCCGUGCUCUUCCACUCCUGUGUGUCCCGGCACCCCGUGCUCACUGCUCUUGUCUUCCACGCUCCUUCCUGGAUAAAAUAACAAAGAAGCAACUAUCAGGACACUCAACCACUGCAGGCAUGCACUCACUUAACUUGGCUCACAAAGACCACUGACGUGGAGUCUCACACAACAAUCCCGCACCAAGGAGCGCGCGGCCACACUCUUAAGUAGCUCCCCAAUGAGGCUUCAUUAGCUGCA